AUGUUAUCAACGCCUGAACCGGCGACUCCUUCCAAGAAGAAGCGAUCUAAGAAGAAGAGGAACGCUUCCACACCUCAAGUCACCUCAGAGGAUUGUCAGGAAGAAGCUACCCCUCAACUUCAGAGAGAUCUCUCAGACGACCUUGAAGGAACCCUCCAACAGCCUGUGACAAGGGCUGGCUCUCGAGCAAGCACCAACCCUCAGCAAGUUCAGAACCCUCCGCAAGUCGCGAUGCCAGCACGCAAUCAGGCCAACCAGGUCACCAUCGGUGGUGUGACCAUCACGACACAGGCGACCCCGGCAACUGAUGUGGGUGGCUCGCUUGUCGCCAUGAAGAAAGAAAACAGGUCAGCAUUGGACGCAGAUAAGAAGCACGCCUUCUUUCAACUCAUCACAAAGCAUCAACAUACC